UGCUCUGUACUCUUUCAGCAAAAAUCAGUUUGUGCUUGGAUCCCCAAGUGAGACGAGUUUCAAAAUGGCUCUUCGAAUCACAAGGAGCACUCGCCUGCCCAGUAGUGAGAAUCAAAACGCUGUUGCUGGGAAAGCAGUAAUUGCAAACAAGCCUGGGCUAAGGCCAAGGGCCGCUCUUGGCGAAAUUGGCAACGCAGUUUUGCCACGGCAGCCUCAGACGAAAAAGGUAAACGAUUUGAAGACCGCACCCGUGGUGCUUGAGAACAAGCCUCCUGAGAAAAAUCAGCGACCAAAGGCGGUGACCAAAGUUGAAAAUGAGGUUCAGAUUUUGUCAGAGCCUUCCUCUCCCGUGCCCAUGGAAACGUCUGGUUGUGCCUCAGACGAUCUAUGUCAGGCUUUCUCCGAUGUACUGCUUAAUAUCAAAGACGUGGAUGCUGACGACUAUGACAAUCCCAUGCUCUGCAGUGAAUAUGUAAAGGACAUCUACAAAUAUCUCCAUCAACUUGAGACUGAUCAGGCUGUCAGGCCAAGGUAUCUGGAAGGAAGAGAAGUCACUGGGAACAUGCGUGCCAUUCUUAUCGACUGGCUUGUCCAGGUCCAAAUCAAGUUUAGGCUGCUACAGGAGACCAUGUACAUGACUGUUGCAAUCAUAGACCGCUUUCUUCAGGAUCAUCCAGUUCCCAAGAAGCAGCUCCAGCUGGUUGGUGUGACUGCGAUGUUCAUUGCCUCAAAAUAUGAGGAGAUGUAUCCUCCAGAGAUCGCAGAUUUUGCUUUUGUCACUGACCGUGCCUACACUACUGCUGAGAUCCGCAAGAUGGAGAUGGAGGUUCUGCAAGUUCUAAACUUCGGUUUUGGCAGACCUCUGCCUUUGCAGUUCCUCCGGAGAGCCUCAAAAAUUGCAGAGGUCACAGCAGAGCACCACACCUUGGCCAAGUACUUUGUUGAGCUGACUAUGGUGGACUACGACAUGGUGCACUUUCCUCCGUCUCAGGUUGCCAGUGCUGCCUUUGCCCUCAUGCUAAAGGUCUUCAGUUGUGGUGAAUGGGACCCCACACUCCAGUAUUACAUGGGAUACACAGAGGAUAGCCUCAUUCCAGUGAUGCAGCAUAUAGCAAAGAAUGUAGUCAAAGUCAAUGAGGGGCACUCCAAGCAUCUGGCGGUUAAGAACAAGUACUCAAGCCAGAAGCAAAUGAGGAUUGCGUCCAUCUCUCGGCUCAAGUCCGCGCUGAUCAAGGACCUUGCAGCACAAGUCUUGUAGUGGGAUUUUUUUGAAGAGACUCUUGGCACCAUGUGCUGACUUGUAAAAAAUUUGUAACUUGGGUGCAUGCUUUUACUUUUUAAUCUUUUUGAAGUGAGUGACUUUUUUUUUUUUUUCAUGGUUUACGUUCUUCUACACUGCCAUUGCCUUGAAUGCUUGGCUAAAGUAAUCUUGACUCCCUUCUGUGAAUUUGUGGGGUUUUUGGGUUUUUUAACUUCCAAUAAACAUUUUAAGUCUUAGAAAUGGCUGGAGUUGACUUGCUAUGGUGGUUAUGCGAUAGCAAACUAAAUGGUAACUUGACUAGUGAACUCCUUUAAUGAACACCAGGGGUUGUCCUCCUGGAGCUAGGUGGCUGAUGGGGUGAUGGUGGUUUCUCCCCUGCCUUUCUCUAGUUUGGCUUUAAAACCUUAUGAUGGCCCACCAUUAAGCGAGUAAAUGGGGGAGAGGUUACAUUCUUUAACCCCACAUUAAGGCAGGGUAGUUCAGUUGUUCCAACCUUUUGGGUUCAUUCUACAUCACUUGCUGUAUGUAAUACACAAUCUACCCCACUUCGUUGGAAGCAGUGGUUUUCUCCUAUUUUGAUCCAGCAGAGGUCACUACUGUCUUUCAAAAGUUCCUUGUGCUUACUGGGCCUGCACCUUCCUUUUUCCUUCCCUCAUACUAUAGACUUAACACUGGAGAGUUAAUUUCUAUGAAAGCCUGGGACAUUCUAGCACUUCACAAAACAUGUGUGGUCACAAAAUUGCUUUACAGAAGUCUUGGGCUCGACACUUAAAAACCAAAGAUUGAUGGUGGCAUAAGAGUGAGUUGGAACCUUUAAAGGAGUCUGUCUCAAAAGCAGUACCCAUGCUUCACUAAGCAACAGUGGGUUUUCAGGAAAAUCACAAAUGGACUACCAUGUGCUUGGAUCAUAAACCAAUGUGAAUAUACA